AUGGUCGCCGUGUACACAGGGCAACACGCGAUUAUUUAUGACGCAGCCAACUUCGAGGUAGCUCGUUACGUCGGUGAAAAGCACUAUCGUCAUCUAGGACAAAGUAGAGCUAAAUGUCAGGGCCAAUCUUGCGGUUUUUCGAUUCAUUUUUUGGCUCUCGUUAAUUCUUUGAGGUGCCAUCCGGUCUCAGCGCCGGCCGCGAGCAGCCGAGUCCCGAAGCCGUCCCUUGGCCGCGGAUCCAAAGCCGGCGGAGAGGUAUCGCUGUGCGACGAUUACAGUCUACCCGUCGACUUCGUGAACAAGAGACGUCCCGCGAGCGCUGCAGCUGCAACUUCCACGGUGCAAUGGAUCCUGCCGAGUCCUACUGUGGAGAAUGCGGAAAUCGAGGUUGUGGAACAAUACAGCGACCCUAGAGACAGCAAGAGCAAAGCGUACGUGGAGCCGGGAACGGAGUCGUCCUUGCCGACGAUUUAUAGCAGAGCAAAUCGCAACUACUGUCGACCAUACACAGAUCCUUCAGCGUCCGGUUCGUCUUGCGAGGACGACGAGGACGGGCGAGCGGUAAUCGUUAGAAAACGGAAGAACAGUGUCUACGCUUCCUCUUCGAAUCGUGCCCCAUCGGCGGACAGAGAUACUUUAAUUUCGAACGACGGUCUGCUCGUGGACUGCGUCGCUCUAGUACAUCUCACUGAUCAAUCCCCGACCGAGUCCGCUCAACCCGUGCGCCACCCGUCGCCGUAUUACUACGGCGAUCUCUUCAAGGUGCCGGAGCAACUGUCCAAAUCGCAGCCGAGCAAGUACCGCAAAAGCGUAAGUCUCGAUGUACCGGGCGAGCGUUCGCGCACACCCGGUAUACCCAAGAGAAACUCGGUAGCGGGUGAUGGAGGCUCGUACUCGUACUCCCAGCCACGGUAUUAUCAGCAACCGCAGCAGCCGUAUCCACCGCCGCCGCUACCGCCGCACUAUCGCAGUCAGGAUCUAGUUAGCCCCACGUCGGGGAGCGAGCAUGCUGUCCCAGCUAGAAACGAGAUCCUCUCGUCGUGCAUCAUCACCGAGUGGGAUCACACCCUCAUGCCGCCACAUAGGCUGCUGAGCCAUGAUCUGCCUACCGCCGUUUGUACCUGCGUCGCAUCGCCCGAAGAGGAGGAGGAUGAGCUAGACCGACGGCAGCCGCAAGUGGCGCGGCACCAAGUGCGCAAGCUACGACGUACGCGGAGAAUAGACCCGCAGCCGAUACUCGUCGAGGACGAGGACGACGUGGAGGGUGAGGACGAGGGGGAGGAGGGGGACGAGGAGGACGCGGAGCCCGAGGAAGAGGACGAGGAAGGGAUGGCCAGGCAACGUCACCUCUACGAGACGGCCUUUGACUGCAAGGUCAAUCGCUCCGACGACGAUCUCGACGAUCUCGAUCGCGUCACCAAUCACGCGGUACUGCAUUCUCAGAUUCGAGGUAGCGGUACCGCGCCAGUGAGUAGAACGAGUUCGUCAACGGACACGUCGAAGCAGCAACAUCAGCAAUCGCUUCCUUAUGCCGGCCAGACGCAAUCAAGCAAGGACCGUCGUAAGGUCGUACUUCUCCGCCCAAAACCGAUUCCGAGCCGCUUACAGCAACAGCAGCAGCAGCAACAGCAGCAGCAGCAGCAGCAACAACAACAGCAGCAACAACAAUCGCAACAACAAUCAGACAAUAUAUCUAGUUUGUCCCAGGAUAUCGAAUCCCUCCAAAUUAAUUCGAGCGACGAGAAAACCGGAUCGCCGAGAUUACCGGCGCGUGAUUACACACCGUCACCGCCAUCGACUGCACCCUUACCUGCGAAAUUUCAUGGAAACCGAGACCAUUUGCUAUUAAACAUUCGCAGUGCGCCAAAUUUACCUUCGCAGCAGGAUCAUCCCCGCUUGAAGGACAUGAGAUUACCGGUGAAAUCGUUGCUGCGCGCCAAGGACUCGCCACAGAGCAGCGAGGGUAGCAUUCUCGAAAUCAAAAGUCGGCCGAAAACUUUCGUCCAGGAGAACGUUGAUUCGUCGGGUCGGCGAUUCGACAAGGAGCUUAUACUGGAGUUCAAGGACAGGCCCCGGGAGGAGAGGCAACGACCGCGCAGUCUGAUCCGCGAGAGCAGGCCGAUAAUGGAGUUCAAGGGCAGGCCCCACGAAGCGGAGGGCGAUGUCGCGCGGCCGCGCAGAGACGCCGGUCUCUUGGAGUUCAAGCUACGUACCUCGAGACGACGCAUCGGUUACUCCAGCACUGAGAGCAUGGCGACCAGCAGCAGCGGCGGCAGCAUGGAGUCCAUCAGGAGUAGCACCAGCGAGGGCAACAGGUCGACCAGCAGCUCCGACAGUCGGCACAGCACCAGAUCACUGAGCUCCCACAGUUCCGACAGCACCGGCGGCACCAACUGCUACCAUCAUCAUCAACAGACGCUGCCCGGCUUUCUAAAUCACCACCACGCCACCAAACUGCACAUCCUCUCGCCAAUCUCCGACAAGUCGUCGCAAGAGCCGGCCUCGGAGACCUCCGACAACAAUCGCAACAAUAACUCGCAGAAGGCCUCGCCCGAGGAGAACGUCACCGCGGAGAAUAACGUCACGGUGGGCAACAACACCAACACGAACGCAGUCACCUCGCCCAUGGACACGUCCUUUAAGAAGCGGCGCACGCCGCAGAACAAGAAUCUCAUUAAUCUCGCUCUGCAGUCGUCGUCGUCGGGCGACGCGGAGAUCCAGGGAUCGGACAGCGGUAUAUCCAUUGAGUCGCGCGCCGGCAUUAAGUGCAAACCCUUCGGAUUUCACCUGUUGAAGCCGCAGCUUGACAAUAUUAAUUUCGUCGACAACGAGCCGGAACUCUCGGAUCUGCCCUUCGACAUGCCGAAGCUGCGAAGAAGACGGCUGUUGAUGCAACAGGAUGCCACUACGUCCGGAAGCGCGACCAGUGUGGACCUAAGGGAUCUACCUUUCGACAUGCCGAAACUCAGGAAGCGUCUCAGAUGUACUCAAAGUAUCGAAUCCAGCGCGUCUCAGGCGUCGUCCAGUCUCUCGGUACGCGACGUGGAGCCGUCUCUUUUGUUUGGCGGCGGUCUGGCGCGUCCGAAGAUGACUCUGAAUCUGGAUGCCGGUAGUAACGCGGCGGGAACGAGCGGUGGGAAUCCGGGCGGUCAAUUGGUGCCGAAGAAACCCGGUGGCCUAAGCCUCGGCUUACCGCUGGAAAUCAGUACCGCUCGAAUAUCGGCCGAUCUGGUUGACGUGGAGCUUCCGUUGGAGAGACAAGGAUGGUACCACGGCUCUAUCACUCGCAUCGAGGCGGAGGGUCUUCUGCGAGUUCAUCAGGAAGGUAGCUAUCUGGUGAGGAACAGCGAGUCGACCAAGCAAGAUUAUUCUCUAUCCCUAAAGAGCGCCCGCGGCUUCAUGCAUAUGCGCAUCCAGAAGAACGAGGAGCUCAACGCUUACAUUCUGGGGCAGUUUAGCAAACCGUUCGAAAACAUACCGGAAAUGGUCCGUCAUUUCAGCGUGAAUCGUCUUCCGAUACGCGGUGCCGAGCACAUGUGUCUCCUGCAUCCGGUCAUAGUGCAGCUUUUGUAGCGCAUCUAUCGUAGCGCCAUUUAAGGCGCUGUACCUAAUACCUCUUUUGAUAUAAUCCGUUUUCUUUUUUCCCCCUCCUCCCUCGACGUGUGCCGAGGCGCGCGAUUGCAAUGAACGAUAAGCUUUGAUACAGCAAACGAGAUAAAGUAGGAAGUAUUAUUCGCGAGCGCGAGGAAGUCUUCCGAGAGAGAGAGAGAGAGAGAGAGAGAGAGAGAGAGAGUCCGCGCGAGACGCGCGGUUGACUUCCGCGAGAUCCUCUCCCGUAUCAAUUCGCAUUCUGGUUGAAUGAACCGUUCCGCACGAAGAGCACCAGAGAUAAUGGACAAUAAUAGCAUCGACGGGGAAUACCGCUUCGCCGCGAAAAUGUUGAAAGGGGGAGUACGAGUACAGUACAAAAGUGUAAACGGUGGACGGUGAGCGAAGCCGCUCAACGAUACACCGAUGCGAUCGAUCAGACGAGAACGUCCGGGUCCGUGCAAUUUGUUUGCGAGUGGCCAGUGUUUAAACUACGUGAAGAAAUCUCAGGUCGCUCCGCGUGAGGAUACCCGCUCACAAACGUCGUCCUUUUGACGCUUUACUUUCGCAUGUUCCUUGACCGAGUCCAAGUUUUUAUUGCACGAUAAAACUAGAACAGUUAGGGACAGUAACUGCUUACCUCCAUUUCCCCAGCGAGAAAUGACUCAUCGAACUGAGGUCGAAUCGACAUUGAUACAAUGAUUUGAACAUUAAUUUGACAUCGAUUCGACAUCAAAUUGACAGUCGAUCAUUUCUCACUAGGGGAUCCCUUCUCCUUUUCCUCUCGGACUCGAAAGAUCGGUGUUCUACACGCUUCGUCUUCCUCAAAACAUCGCGCAAACCUACCUCAUAGGCAAAACGCAUGCUUCGCGGCACGAGAUAGAAACGAACGCGUGUCAUAGCGGUAUCGGAAAUUAGCGUGGUAGCGGGAGUCCCGCGGGAAACCGAAAUUACCUGAAAACAGAUACGAAUUAUCGUUCGAUGCGAUGGUGACCGUUAAUAAACUCUCGCGAAGGAUAACGAAUUCGGGAUCGAUGAUUUUAGCAGGAGUAUACGCGAGAAUACGUUCUUGAAGACGUUUUUUCCGAUUGUUCCUCGAAUCCGCGACUAAUGCGGAUUCUACGAAAGAAAUCUUUUCAAAUGGGAUCAGAAACGCUGCUUUACAAAACGGUAUAAUUUAGAUAAGAGGGAAAGAUGUGAUUGAAAGGCGUAUUUAGAGUGCGAAAGCAGUCCGCAACGCGUGCCGGAAGCCAAAGUAAAACUAAUCCUAAUAUCCAGUCGAGGAACGUGGCGCGGAGCUUGUAGGCUGGAUACGCGCGAAACGAGCGCGAAUGAAAUGCCAAACUUUAACUUCUAAUCGUAAUCAUUUAGUCAGGGUUUAGUUGUCCGUCUCAUCGUUGAUAAGUGAUUAAAGUAGGCUUAGAACGAUAAGCAAGCGUACGACAGUCAGGUUGGCUCGGGAUCGAUUACGAAUAUUGGAUGGGGCGAAGGUUUUGUGUAACUUCGUAGAUGAAGAAAUUGCGAGUCGAAGAAAAUGAUAAAUGAGCGUUUUCGCAAAGAUAUACAAUCGGAAACGCGCGAAGAAAGUGGAAACAGAUGAUAGUGAUCAGACAGUCUGAACCGAGUCGGUGGCUCGUUAUAUCAUCGAGUCAUCCGUCCGAGAGUUCCACUCGAAGGACAUUCGCGGGAAAUUUUUGCGAUAGGAUGCAACCGAUACAUAUUUUUUCAUGUGAUAUUAAUUUGUUACAGAGAGAGAUAGCCUAGUUUCACCUGUGAUCUGUUACUUAAUUCCCCUUGUCCGCGCGCGCUCGUCGGCGUUCUCGCGCGAGCGCGCGCGAUAACGAUAAUAAAGAUAAAUUAAUCUUGCUAUUAUUAUUACGUAGAAUCAGCAACGACGCGCCACUCAGGCGCGAUGAUGAGACGUCCGUGGUGUUACAAUAAUUUUUCGAGUUAGAAAUUCGAUUCGCCAGAGGUUGUGAGCGAAUUUUUUUCGAUGGCCGCGCGAGCGAGAGAAGUUUUGCUUAACAUUAACUAUAGUGACGUAGGGAACCUCUACGGUGAGAGAAGUAGCGAGUGCCGGCAGCGUGUUGUAAAAAAAAUUAGCCGAUAGUAUCGUUUGAUCGUUUAACCGUUUAAAUUGAAGAGAAGCGCGAGGCAUUAGUUUCCCAAUUUAAAGCAGACGUUUAAAUUUCGCGAUCGCAGAAGCACUUGAAUUGUUGAGCGAGGCACUCUCUACUUUCGCGUCUAAUUAGGUUGAGUGUAAUUCAUACGUCGUACUUUUAAGCUGCCAGUAUUAUUAACUGUAAUCGAUAAUGCAUAUCCGUAUAUGUUAAUGUUUAAGGCAUUAUAUUGUCUCUAUAGCCCGAUCAUUGACACUAAUAAUCUAUACAUAUGUUUAUUUCUCCUUAUUAUAUUUAUUGCAUUCGUGUCGUUGAAUGCGAUGGCGGUGAAGUUUCCGUGCGCCCGUUAAUUUAAUCGCGAAGUCAUAGAGCUGUAACUUAUAUAUAGUAAUUCUAGAUUCCGUACACGUAGAUUAAAUUACUAUUUGUCGAAGGGCAGUACGUAAAUUAUAUGGUAGACACUAACUUGUGUAGAUACUUCCUGUACCUUGAAAUUUGUAUGAAGUAGCAUUUAGAUUACGUAAUAUAUACAUAAAUAUAUAUUAUUAUAAAUGACUAUACUAGCGCGCGUAGUUCUCGUUUGUAGGAUACGUAAAAUAAGAUCGAGCAAAAGUGGAGUGAGUCCAAUAAAAAAAAAAAA